AUGAGAUACUCCUUCGUACACGUCCUCUCGUCCCUAGCCGGUUCUGCUCUCGCAUUCCCUGCUCCUCAAGCAUCUGCCAUACCUGAUCCUGUUGAUCCAUCAGCUGUAGCUAGCGAUCAAGUCCUGCCCAAAGGAGCUUCAGGCUCUCUUCGUGGCUCAGAAGCAUUGAUCGGGUUCGCAGCAGCAAACCCAAUCUCCACCAAGUCGACUGUCAUUCCACCUGACGAGUUUGAGCUUGGAACUGGACAGUCCGCAGACCCUGACGAGGGUCUUUACAUUGAUCUUACAAAUGUGAAGAACCCUCAGCCCAUUCGAGGUGGCACUACUGGGCCAACCGACCCUGGACCAAGGACGGACGCCUACGACGCACUAAACAGCGACAUCUUCGCACCGCCUACCACUGAUGCAGGAGAUGUAGGUCAGGCAAAGUGGCCAUUCGGAUUAUCGCACAACCGCCAUGGUCUGGCUGGUGCUGGUUGGGCGCGGAACCAGAACGUCAAUCAACUGCCAAUCGCAACUGCGAUGGCAGGUGUCAACAUGCGUCUGAGCCCGAAUGCUUACCGCGAGCUUCAUUGGCACAAGCAGGGCGAGUGGGCUCUGAUGCUUAAUGGCAGCGUCCGAAUUCAGUCGAUGAACGAAGCCGGCCAGACUUUCGUGGACGAUGUUCAAGAGGGAGAUGUGUGGUUUUUCCCUCCGGGUAUCCCACACUCCAUCCAGGCAUUUGACACUGGUUGCGAGUUCUUGCUUGUAUUUGACAGUGGUGACUUCUCCGAAGACAACACUUUCCUGCUCUCUGAGCUCAUGGAGCGUAACCCCAAGGAGGUCCUCGCUAAGAACUUUCGUACCACAACCAAGACAUUCGACUCGCUACCUGAUGGCCAGCUCUGGAUCUUCCCAGGUACUCCAGCUCCCAAGAACAUUAGCGAGCAGAACGUCACAGGCCCUGCUGGUCUCAUUCCCAAGCAAACACAAUACACAUACCACUUCUCGCAGCAACAGCCACUUAAGGUCCCUGGCGGUUCCAUCAAGAUCCUUGAUCCCACUACCUUCCCCGUUGCAAGCAGCUUCUCUACGGCUUUGAUCACCGUCGAGCCCGGGGCGAUGCGCGAGAUGCACUGGCACACCACUUCAGACGAGUGGACAUACUUUCUGCAAGGCUCUGCUCGCCUGACCGUCUACCAGGCUCCCGGUUCGUCGCGCACAUUCGAUUUCACGGCCGGAGAUGUAGGCUACGUUCCAGUUCCCAAUGCUCAUUACCUUGAGAACACCGGCAAUGAAACAUUAGUUUUCCUGGAGGUGCUGCAGGCCAAGGAGUACUCUGACAUCAGUGUCAACCAGUGGCUCGGCUUGACACCGAAGCAGAUUGUAAAGGAUCACCUGAAGGUCAGCGAUGGCUUCUUGGCGACAUUGAGGAAGGACAAGCCUAUCAUUAUUCAGGGUAACCCUGACUUGACCACCACCGAUUUUACGCCUACUGCUGGCGGGUCCUAA